AUGCUCAAGCACAUUCACAAGAUAGCUUUCAUCGUCCAUGAUACGCAAACUUAUCCACCUACCAAACCAGCUCUGGAAUUCGUCAUUACAUCAACCAAUGACUUGCGCCAGCUUACGCGUGCAAAAAAGCGCCACCACCGCCAGGCAGCGCCCAGCGCCUGUCAUUUCCUCCCGAACGGGCACAAACUGACAGAGGAACUACUGACUCUCUCCAGCCUCAUUAUUGCUGACAUUGUCGCACCAGAAAAGAAGAAAUUGUUAUUGAUUAUUGCGACGGUCAUUAUGGACAAAGUUUAUCCAGUCGGACGCAAAGUCUGCGUCAUCUAUUUCAUGCCACUAUGAGGUAUUAUCGUAUAACACCUGUUCUGAACACAAGUCUGCUCCAAAACCGCAAAGACAACAAAUAAAUGAAGAUUCCCACAAUGGUGACGCCAUUCAUUUUUCAUCCAUUCUCUUUUUGUAUUCUUUCUUGCUAGAUACUAAUCAUCGCAUCGCGACCCCAUCCCGCACACAAUCCAACGUCGUUCCCGAUCCCACGUCCCCAUC